CGCCACUGCCAUCAUCAAUGUCAUCUGUGGUCGGCGUCGGUACAGGCCGGCGGCAGGCAUGGAGCCCAGGCGGCUCCGGGCGGCCCUGCUGGCGUACUCGUGUGCGCUGGCUAUGGCGGUCGGCCACCCUGCAAGUCGCCCGCGAGGAGACUUCCUUAGCCAGAGGGUUGCCAACGGGUCUCAGCGGAGCGCCGUGAAACCGACCUACACGUUGUCCUACCGAGAGCUGUACCUGGAAGAGGCGUGCGGCGGCCUCGCGGCCAAGGCGCAGCGUUCGCACUACCUCAGCCUGCGCGACCAGAAGGCGAGCAUGGCCAUCUACUCGCACCGGUCGGGGGUGCUGCCGCGCAGCGUGAGCAAGUGCCGCAUCCAGAUACUGACCGAGUCGCAUGCACGGCUCACCAUCUCCUUCGUCAAGCUGGACACCGUCGAGCAGCCCUUCAUAUGUUACAUGUACCUCAAGAUCUACAUGACCGACAAGCCCGACCUAGUGUGCGGCAAGCAGGCAACCGGUAAAAGCAUCAGCACCAGCACCUCACAGAUGACGCUCGAAUGGGUGAUCAACAAUGGCGGCGAGAAGCCCGGAAGAAUAGAGAUGGUCCUGACCAGCUAUAAGGACAGCGACCUGUCCGGAAACUGCGAGUCCGGCAUGUACGCCUGCAGCAACCGCCACUGCAUCUGGUCGGGAUUCAUCUGCGACGGCGUCAACAACUGCGGUGAUGGAAGCGACGAGCGCCUUUGUAUCGGCGGUCGCCAAGACCACACGCUCAUCCUGGCCAUCGUGGUGCUGGUGGCGCUGUUUGCCGUUGGCACGGGCAUCGUCUUCCAGAUAGCCUACAACCGAUACAGCGGAAGGGACGUCCAGACACAGUACGUGGUGGGCCCCAACCUAGAGCAACCUGGUGUCCUUAACGUGCCGAAGCCCUGAUGACUUGCGUUACCAAGACGACCUCUCGUGUCGCUCCAAUAGUAGUGUCGGAUCAAAUAUAAUGCCGCCUCAUUGCAAGCCCGUAGGAAAAUGCGGCCGUAAUUAUUGAUACUUUCCUUGUAUUCUAGCUUGUGCUUCACCGUAUUUUUUAUAGAAUAUUAAACAAUACAACAUGCAUCGCAA